GCAGAGGUGAAGAAAAUGACCAAAUCUUUUCAAGUUAAAUUGGGACAAGGUGGUUAUGGUGCUGUAUACAAAGGAGAACUACUCAAUGGUUGUCCUGUUGCUGUCAAGUUAUUGAAGUCAUCAAAAGGGAAUGGGGAAGACUUCAUCAAUGAGGUUGCUAGCAUCAGUAAAACUUCCCAUAUAAAUGUUGUUACCCUUCUUGGUUUUUGUUUGGAAGGCCAAAAAAAAGCUCUUAUAUAUGAGUUUAUGUCAAAUGGAUCUCUUGACAAGUUCAUUAAUCAAAAUAGGGAAGAUAAAACUAGUAGUUCAUCCUUGACUUGGGAAAAUCUGUACGAAAUUGCAAUUGGGACAGCUCGAGGACUUGAAUACUUGUACAGAGGAUGCAACACACGAAUUCUGCAUUUUGAUAUAAAGCCACAUAACAUCUUGUUAGAUGAAGGUUUUUGCCCCAAAAUCUCAGAUUUUGGACUUGCAAAGCUGUGUCCAAGGAAAGAAAGCAUUGUUUCAAUUUCAGAAGCAAGAGGAACCAUUGGAUAUCUUGCUCCAGAAGUUUGGAAUAGAAAUAUUGGAAGAGUUUCACAUAAAUCUGAUGUUUUUAGUUAUGGAAUGCUGUUGUUGGACAUGGUUGGUGAGAGAAAGGAUAAUAUGAAUGUUGAAGACCGCACAACAGAGAUUUAUUUUCCAGAUUGGAUUUAUGAUAAACUUGAGGAAGGCGGCAAGUUGGGACAUGAUGGGGCAAACACCAUGGAAGAAAAUGAUAUUGCAAGGAGAAUGACGAUUGUGGGUUUGUGGUGUAUUCAAACAUUUCCAACUCAAAGGCCCACAAUUAGUAGAGUUAUUGAAAUGUUAGAAGGAAGCUUAGACUCUCUAGAAACGCCACCGAAACCUGCCGUGCUUUCCCCUCCAAGAUUAGAACAAGAAUCUUCUGCAACAUGCAAUGCCAACUCAGAAGAUGUAGAUCUCGAAAGCUCUUCCCUAAUGUUGGAGACCCACUAGUUAUUUUACAUUUUUUGUUUCCAUAUUUAUUUGUAGGAAUUUUGGACUU